AUGGCUAAUAGUGCCGCCGCUGCUCCAACGUUGUCGGUGCCGGAGCAGAUCCGCCAGCUCAAUGACGCACGCAAGCUGGUCCUAGGCGACAUACAGUACUACCCCAGCGUCGUCAGGGGCAUCGUCCCCAUCAUCAAGCCGACUGCCUCGACAGAGCUGAGGAGAUGGGGCGCCAACUUUCUGGCCGAAGCGUUUGCGACGCCUCUGUUGCCGAAUGGCGAGAAGGAGACGAUGCAGCCCUACGUGCUCGAGCUGCUCGAGUCCAUGAUCAACAAUGAACACGAGGAUCCCCAGGUGCUCAGGAGUGUCAUCCAAACUGCAGCUAGCAUUUAUCCGCUCGCUCUGAGAUGGACGAUUAACAAUGCCUACGAUACCAUCACUUGGGAGCGCGUCAAAGCUAUCAAGCAGCGCAUAUUUCACAUAUGGGACACGACCGUGCCGUCAGUCAGGAUAUGCUGCAUCAAUGAUGCUCUCAUUGUGGAUGCGACACUCAACUGCCUGUCUAUCCUGGCGCGUACUCGACCGGCCACUUCGUCACGCAUCCUCAACGCCCUCAUCAACUUCGAUCCCCUUAGGCUGGUGGCCACCUCGCCGCUGACUCCCAAGGCCAAGAUCACUAUCCGGUCCAUGGAGAAGACGGCAAGGAUACUACUGAUGCACCUCGGCAAGCGGGACCACCAGAACCCCCUGGUGCCAAGGAUACAGCAGUACAUUGAGCGCACCAUGCGCGCGGUGGCCGAGGCCCUAGACGGGAGCGGCAAAAAGAGGUCCCUGGAAGGAGGCCAGCAACAGGAGGCGUACGACGCCAAGCGCCAGCGCAUCGACCCGGCCCAGAUUCAGAUCCUCCCCCUGGGACCCGGCCCGCACUCCUUAGCCGACGUUUUCUCCCUAGCCGAUGCCGGCGCCCUCAAGUCGUUCGACCUCUCCCAGGUUCCCGGACCGUUAGUUGCUAAGCUGGCAGUAAACACGUUGGCCAGGAUCGACACGCAGCUUCUUUCGCGAGCCAUUGAGGCUGUACGCGACCGCCUGGAAACGUUGAGAAACGCGCCCAUUCCCGAGCUGGACCCUAACACGGCGCCACUGGGCGUCGACGAAGAUGACGAUGACUACGAGCCCGACUUCUUCCUGGCUGAGGACACGGAACAAAUCCUCAACAAGCUCGACAAUGACGCCACAGCACAGCCGCCGCCACCGGGACCCACUGAGGGAGCAAUACCUUCAGCGCUCGAUGACGCCCUAGGUCUGCGAGCCUUCAGUCUGCCCGCACCCCAGCCGCUAACACCCGAGCUGGCGCUCAGUGCGGGAAACGGUGUAGUCGCGAGGGUUCUGGGGAUGUCCAAAACAGCCGAGGAGUCAAGGAAGGAGAAAGCUGGCUUCACGCGUCUGGCUGCCAGCUCAGGAUCGCGAGAGUCGUGGAUGACUAUCCUGACGCGGCUGGCCACUCGGUCGACGACGGGGCUCGAAGGGGAAAAAGGCACCCACAAAGAGGGCGAUAACGAAGAGGAGGAUGAGCAGAAGAGCUCGUCUACCAUCAACACGCCCACGACCCUCUCCGACUCGAUCCGAAACGUGCUCUAUAAUUACGUCAUGGAAGACUUCCGUAAACACUUUGACGUGGCCGUCUCGUGGCUCUGCGAGGAGUGGUACAACGAUAAGAUGCAGGGCGAAGCGGGCGGAGACGGCUCGCGCCACUAUGAGCAGUGGACGCUCCGUCUCCUCGACGGAUUCCUCCCCUACCUUCACCCGCAAGAUAAGGUGUUGACGCGAUUCCUCAGCGAGAUCCCCGAGCUCAACCGGGCGAUACUCUCGCGCGUGAAAACUAUGUGCAAGGACCCCAGUGUCGUACAGCUGGCUCUGACUAGUCUUCUGUAUCUGGUGAUCAUGAGACCGCCUAUCAAGGAGGCGACGCUGGAUACGGUGCAAGAUAUUUGGAACGAAUACGAAGAGGCACGCCCGAUCGCAGCCAAGUAUCUUGCCAAAUACCGACCGGGAUUCUUGGAGGCAGCAAUGACAGACGGGACAGGAGAUGAUGGCACACCGGCUACGUCAACGGCUAUAGCGACGUGA